AUAUCCGACGACCAGGUCGAGAACCUGCUCCGAGUGCUUCGCUCCGAUGCUGCCGUCGACGCCAAGGUGAACCAUGUGACGGCGAUCAAGUCCGGCAUCAAGCAGCACAAUGUCCCCGAUCACCUCGUGCCUUCCAUCUUUGACGCUCUGCGUCUGGCUUCGUCCUCCCAACAUGCCGUCCUCGUCAACGCUGGCUUCACCUCGCUCAACCACUUGCUGACGCGCCUCUCGCGCCAGGAGCCCAAGUUCCUCAACAGGGAGCUCAAGGCCACCCUGCCGCUCGUCAUCGACAAGCUCGGCGACCAGAAGGAGAAGUUUAGGACCCUUGCCGCUCAGGCGCUGACCACCCUGUACGCCGUCGCGCCCGCCGACGUCGAGCGUAUGGUAAGGAACGUUGCCAUGGCGGGCAAGAACCCGCGCGCGAAGGAGGCCGGCAUGCAGUGGGUGCUGCAGAUGCACCAGGAACAAGGUCUGCAGUUUCGCGGCUACGUGCCGACCUUGAUGGAUCUGCUGGAGGACGCCGACGGCAUGGUGCGCGAUGUUGCCAAGGCCACCGUCAUUGAGCUGUUCCGCAACUCGCCCAAUGCCGCCAAGUCCGAUCUCAAGCGCCAGCUGAAGAACUUCAAGGUCCGCCCGGCCAUCGAACAAGCCAUCGUCAAGGAGCUGCUCCCCAGCGGCACCCGCCCCGAGACGCCCUCCGACAUGGCACCUCCGAGUCGACCGACUCUCGCCGCCAGCACGUCGGCCCUGCCGAGCGAGCGUCCCAUCACUCCUGCGCCGGACGUCCGGACCGACAAGGCGGAGCCGUCCUACGUGAACACGCAACGCGAGCUGGAAGAUAUGCUUCGGGACAUGCACCUGCAUUUUGAGGGCAGGGAGUCGGAGCAAAACUGGCUGAAGAGAGAGGAGAGCGUCAAGAAGCUACGCCGGCUGAUCGCAGGAAAUGCGGCGCAAGAUUUUCGGGAGCCUUUCCUCCUCGGGCUCAAGGCCCUCCUCGACGGCAUCAUCAAGGCCGUCAACUCGCUACGCACAAGUUUGUCCAAGGAAGGCUGCGCCCUCGUCCAGGACAUUGCCCACGCUUUCGGACCAGGCAUGGACCCGCUUGUCGAGCUGCUCAUGCAAACCUUUAUCAAGCUCUGCGCCGCCACCAAGAAGAUUGCCUCGCAGCAGGCCAACGUGACCGUCGACGCCAUCGUCGGUAGGGCCUCCUACAACAGUCGAAUCAUGCAGCACGUCUGGGGCGCAUGCCAGGACAAGAACGUGCAGCCGCGCACGUACGCUGCGGACUGGCUGCAGACCAUCCUCAGGAAGGAAGGCCACCACAAGAGCCACAUUGAGCAUAACGGCGGUGUGGAGCUCUUUGAGAAGUGCAUCAAGAAGGGCCUCAACGACUCAAACCCCGGCGUGCGAGAGAAGAUGCGCGGCACCUACUGGGCCUUUGCCAGUUAUUGGCCUGCCAGGGCAGAAGUCAUCAUGGAGAACCUCGACGCAACGGCGCAAAAGCUGCUCAACAAGGACUCGCACAAUCCCAGCGCGGCAAAGAAGGUCGAGGAAGGUCCUGUUCGACCCGGCAUGGGCCUGUCGAGGAGCACCAUGGCUACCUCGUCAAAGCCUAGUCUAAGAGAAGCCAUGUUGGCACAGAAGAAGGCCAUGUCUGGCCGAAACUUGCCCGCAAGACCAGGAUCAGCCAUGGCACACAUUUCACCCGCGAGGACAGUCUCGAGCAGCUCCAACGCGCCCCCCGCUGCAGCCGCUACAUCAGCGGCAACGACACGUCCUCGUCCCGAGUCCACCGUAUCUGGUGGCAUGUCUGUGAGACCCAUGCGGCCAACAAAGAAGCGGCCCGAACAACCCCAGCGUCCCGCCACUGCUGGCCCCUAUUCGGUCCGGGCACAUGAAGGCCCGUCGACCGAGGCCUCGAGCCCGCAAAGCCUCAAGUCGAGAACGAACACACCAAAGGCCAAGAUUGAGACCCCGCCGAGGCGGGUUCCUCCUAGGACGAGACCCGGGCAUGCGUCUCAUGUUAGUGAAUCGAGCCUGCCAUCUCCCACAGCUAAGAUAACUGCGACGAAGACGGCCGCCUCGCCACGGGUCAGCCCCGCGAAGCCUCAACCCUCGCCGAGGGUGAGCCCGGCGAAGCCAGCGCACGCGCCCAUCACACUUGCAAGCAGUCCGUCUAAAGCCAAUGAAGAGCUGACUUUGCUUGUCCCGAGCGUCGAAAGCCUGAGCCUGAAGGACCCGUCGCCCGCGCCCGAGCCCGAGGAACAAGAGCAGCCGCCCGAAGUCGAGCCCGCAAGUCCAGAGCCGCCUGUGCCCAUCAAGUCCGCGGAGCCCGAGGUUCCGACGAGCCCGCAGGUGGCGCCAGCAAGCCCAGAGAUUGUCGUGCAGAGCCCUCAGAAGGAAAUCAGCACGACACCGUCCAAGACGCUCAAGGUCUUCGAAGAUCCAUUCACCGAAGAGGACCAGACAACUCCCAAGCCCGUCAUCGUCAUCCCCGUGCUCGAAGAUAGGCCCGUCAAUGAGAAUGCCGGCGUGCCGGCGAUCGGACAGCUGAACCCCACCGGCCUGCCCGAGUCCCCCGAUAAGUCACGUCAGAACACAAAACUCUUGGAGAGCGGCAUCACGCGGGUCAAGGCGCGUUCCCUCGACGUGCACGGCUUCCGCAAACUGCAGACAUUGAUUCGCGAGAACCGGGCCGUCUUCACGGACGAGAAGUUUGACGCGCUCCUCACGGGUCUCUUUGAGUUCCUUGAGGCGCCGCUCGAGACACUCGCACCGGAGAAGGUGCAGGAUGUCAAGGCGCAGAUUCUUGCGACGGUCAAGCUUCUUCUCAAGAAGGAGAGGGACAGCUUCCAGCCGCACGUGGCGCGGGGUCUCGAGGCGCUCGUAGCCUCGCGCAGCGCCUACGACUCGCGGACGCACAUUGUCAGCGGUCUGGAGCUGCUGGCGGCCGAACUGGUGACCAUUGGUGAUGCGCCUGAGAUGGUCAUGACCAUGACGAAGCUGCUGGGUGACAGCGCCGACUCGACGACCGGGGGGUGCCGGUGCCUCAGCAUGGGGCUCCACAUCCUCAAGGAGGUUCUCGAGAAGCGAGAAGGCUAUGUGCCAUCCGAGGGCGAGCUCGGGCAGUUGACGGGGCUCGCGGGACGGUGUCUCGAGUCGACCGAGUCCGGGGUCCGCAUGGGCGCCGUGCAGCUGUGCGUGGCGCUGCACGCGCGCAUCGGCGACGGGCCGUUCUGGGAGGCCGUCAAGACGACCAAAGACGAUCCGAAGAACCUCAUCACAUACUACAUUGCCAAGCGCCAGCGCGAGCAGAACGGCGUCAGCAUGUGA